AUGCAGGACGACUCCGAGAUCUUCGAGCUCUCGGGCGCGGAGGUUUCGGGGGUGGAGAGCGUGCUGGUCGGUGUCUCUGCUGCUGGCGACGGUGCUGCCCCUCCUGGGCCCCAGACGGCCUCUGCUUCAAUCUCGCAAUCUCUCAUAGCCGCUAGGGGAGUGUAUUCGCAGGGGCAUGCGGCCGUGUCGCAUGUGCAGGAGGGCCUGCCCAUGGCGCAGUGGGGCCGCUGGGUGCCGUCUCAGCUGCCACCCGAUCCUGGAAAAGGCCGCCUGUUCGACCCCUGCGACGACAGCGAGCUCAGCCCAAGUUCUCGGAGAGAUCAUUUCGGAUUUGGAUCAUUUGGCGGCUUCUACUCCGACUCCGACGCCUCCGAGAUCUUCGAGGUUUGA